AGUGUUCUCCUCUCCCGUACACUAACCACUCUCUCUUUCACAGGAUAGAGCAAAGUUUGACUGCACGUGCGGAUGUCCAAGGCCAUCUUCGGAUCUCUGUCUGGGGAAGGAAGUACAUCAUUAGAGGAAUAUUUCUGAGGUCUGGUCUAUGCGCGGGGCAAUUUCUGCUCUCAUUUGUUUUAAUUGGGCUCAGCAUCUUUGGUAACAAAUCGAAAUUGUAGACAUGGCGAUUGUUGCAGCGACGGUCAUCGCAGGGCCGGGCUGCGGAAUUAAUGGAUUUGAAAUUGGAAGGCGGACACCGAAUCUAGGUGCUGAUAAUGUUUUCGCUCGGCCUUUUUUGUGGUGGACAUCAAUGAACUGCUCUACGCUCGGGGGAUUGGCGGUCGAAGGAGGAUUCAGACGGUCGAGUCUGAGGUUCACCCAGUCACAAGAAGGGUUCAAGCGAAGGCAUUUCCAAGUGCAAGCAACUGAAACUUUGAGUCCACUUUUAGUCGCGGAGCAAAAAUCUCUUGGAGAACUCACUCGAGAUGAUUUUCCGAUACUUAACCAGGAAAUAAAUGGAAACAGACUAGUCUAUCUAGAUAACGCAGCAACAUCUCAAAAGCCAGCUGCAGUUUUAAAUGCUCUGAAAGACUACUAUGAAGGAUAUAAUUCCAAUGUACACCGGGGCAUACAUACUUUAAGUGCAAAGUCUACAGACCAGUUUGAGAUUGCAAGGAGCCGAAUUGCCAAGUUCAUUAAUGCACCUUCACAUGCAGAUGUGGUUUUUACUCGUAAUGCGACUGAGGCAAUCAAUCUUGUGGCGUAUACAUGGGCUCUUACAAAUUUGCAACGAGGUGAUGAGAUUGUUCUAACUGUGGCGGAGCAUCAUAGCAACCUUGUUCCGUGGCAGCUCGUGGCAGAAAAAGUUGGUGUUGUUUUGAAGUUUGCAACAUUGACUGAGGAUGAGAGUAUUGAUAUUGAACAACUCAAAGGAUUAAUCAGCAACCGAACUAAGCUCGUGGCUCUCCAUCAUGUCUCGAAUACUCUAGGAUCGAUUAUUCCAAUGAAGGAUAUUAUUGUGUGGGCUCACAAGUACGGAGCCAAAGUUCUCGUGGAUGCAUGUCAGAGUGUUCCGCACAUGGCCGUGGAUGUUCAAGAUCUUGAUGCAGAUUUUCUUGUAGCUUCUUCUCAUAAGAUGUGUGGACCUACAGGAGUUGGGUUUUUGUAUGGCAAGAGUGAAAUCCUUGAUCGCAUGCCACCGUGGAUGGGUGGGGGUGAAAUGAUUGCUGAUGUUUAUCUCGAGCAUUCUACGUACGCAAAUCCUCCUGCAAGGUUCGAAGCCGGCACUCCGGCAAUUGGGGAGGCUAUCGGUCUAGGUGCGGCCGUUGAGUACUUGUCGAAUAUAGGAAUGGAUAGAAUCCACGCAUAUGAGAUGGAGCUUUCAAAAUACCUGUAUGAUAACUUGUCACUUGUCCCAGAUGUAAAGAUUUAUGGUCCGGCCCCUGGUGCACAUGGAGAGAAUCGCGCCGCUCUGUGUGCAUUUAAUGUUGAGGGAAUGCAUGCAACUGACAUUGCGACAGUCCUUGAUAUGGAGCAUGGAAUUGCAGUCAGGUCCGGACAUCAUUGUACACAACCUCUGCAUCGACAUUUGAAUGUCAAUGCAACGGCGAGAGCAAGCUUGUACUUUUACAACACCAAAGAAGAGGUCGAUGCGUUUAUUAGGGGUUUGAAAGAAAGUGUAGAAUUCUUUAGCUCUUUCCGGUAGCUUCUAUAUAGAUGAAGAUCAAGUCCUAUCUUCUCCUGUCUCGUCUAUUUUAGGUAUGGCUGUUUGAUGGAUUAAGAAUGUACAAUGAAACGUCAGAGUCGUGUUAUUGAAGGAUAUAACAAGAAAGCAUCUGUAAACUUUCAUUCUUUUAGGUGUAUGCAUUCAAGCCUAUACCUGUUAAUGUAACAAUAGAGAAAAAUCGAAAUUGCCUUUUUAGAGCGUAUCCAUCA